AUUGCAUGUUUAGUCGAUGAAUUUGGAUUGUUAACGAACAGAAGGUUCGCUGUGCCUUACGUGUUUAUUGAAUUGUGUUAAUGUUUAUCUUCUGCAAGCAAAAUGUAUUUGCAAAAUGGUGUUCAUGUAUAGGGACAGAAUGAUAGAAUUUAGGAAUCCAAAUACAUUUCUGACUUACAAGUGAAAACAACAACACUGACUGGGUUCAUUAAUUACUCGCGGUUUCUUUUUGUGUGUCAAGUAAUGUAUUUCAAUGUAUAGAUUAUAGAUUGAGCUAUCAAAAAUGCACAGAAGGUUUAGAUUUUAUUGGUUGUAGAAAAGCAAAUUUGAGUUCAAAUAUGACUUGUCCGGUUUUGGGCAUUGCUGUAGUGGCGGUCAUUUUUAUGGGUAGUACUAUAGUUACCAGGUUUUGUUAAGAAUCGUUGUUUUUGUCUGUAAUUUGUCAUAAAAUGGCUUAAUUAUUCCUACGUACAAACUAUUGACUGCAAGAGUGUUAAGGCCGCCGCCGACGACGGCCUUUAACGUGCAUAAUGUUUAAACUUGUUAUGCAUGCAUUAUGCGAAAUGAGCAACAGCUAGAGCAUGACACAAUUUUAUUUGUAUCGCGAUUAUCAUCAUAUUCAUGCAAACAAACUUAAAUGUAACAGCGUUUUAAUUAUUAUGGUAUCAAUUUAAGGUAACAAUAAAGUUCAUUUGCAAGCCAACUGGAGGGAGGGGGGCACGGGCCCUUAUCCCCCCGCCGCUAUAGCCGCCACUUGAGCUUGUCUAAAAGGUCACAGCUCAAAGAUUAACUUCGGACCAAAAACUGACCUAAACAUGUUUAUGAACCGCACAUGACCUCAAAUAAUCCAAACAGGUUUAAGAUAAAUAUAUCCGUGACCAACUAUUAAUGAAGUAUAGGUUGUAAACUGUAACCCAUUUCACCAAUAUAUCCUGUUCUCAAUUGGCCAAUCAAACGUUUACUGUGAUCAGGAACGCAUGAAAGAGAACGUGUUAAUCCAUGCAUAGCACGCUUUGCCUAGCUAUAUUGAUUAUACUUAUGCUAUUAGAAAUCAUGUGCUGUAUCUAGCAUACGAGUAUGAACAAAAUUGGCUGUGUGUUAUAAAUAAACAUAAAUGCCUGAGCUGUGUAACCUAAUAAUUUAAGAAAAUGACGGAAGGCUACUUCGUACCCGACGGAAGUUGGGGGUGGGUCAUUGUUGGAGCUUCGUUGAUAUUUAAUAUAAUAUACGAUGGAUGCAGCUACUCUUUUGGAAUUUUGUACGAGCAUUUCCUUAAGGACUUUAAAAAAUCAAAAAGUAACACAGCGUGGAUAGGAUCUCUGUUCUUCUCUAUGCCAUUGUUAUGUGGCCCAAUAGCUUCUGUAAUAUCAAGAAAAUUUGGAUAUAGAAACUCAACAAUGUUUGGUGGAUUAAUUGCUUUCAUUGGAUUUUUCCUCGGUACAUUUUCAAGUUCAGUGUUAAUGUUAACACUUAGCUAUGGCCUUCUUUCCGGAAUUGGAAUGUCACUGCCGUAUUUCAACUCAGUUGUCAUUGUCGCCAAUUACUUCAACAAACGCCGAGCUCUGGCAAUAGGAAUAGCCGAAUCAGGAUCUGGUUUAGGAACCGUAAUAUUUGCACCGUUGACGUAUACACUGAUUUCAAAGUUUGGCUGGAGAGGAAGUUUACUAAUUCUCAGUGGCAUUGUUGCAAAUAUUAUAGUAUGUGGUGCACUCUAUCGACCACUAGAGUCGAUAGAAAUGACUUUGUCAAUUACAGAGAGCAGUGAUAAAGAAUUGUCUGACCAAAUACCGGAAGGUAUAAACGUCAUCGAUGAUAAACGCAAGGUAACUGACAGUGAUGAAAAACUUUUGGAAAAGAAUAUUCCUCAUGAAAACUGUAAGAAUCCCGCGACAACACUUUCAAGAAGCUUAAAUUCGUUAGUCUCCCGUCAGAUUGAAAAGCAGUCUCAACGUUGCGGUUGUAUACACCCUUUACUUGGGUUAUUCAAAAACGUGCCGUUGUUGUUAUUCUCAGUGUCAAUUUUUGUUAUGUAUUUUUGGUAUGAUGUGCCAUAUGUAUUUCUUGUCGGGAAGUCGCAGAGUGUCGGCAUACAAGAGUCGAGCGCAGCUUUCUUGAUCUCGCUUAUUGGUAUUGUUCAUAUGGGAGGAAUUCUUUUAUAUGGCUGCCUAGGAGACAGAGAGUAUGUUAGUACGUCACUUCUGUAUGGUGUUUCUAUUUUUGUAUGUGGCAUAGGUGUUGCUGUAAUCCCCUUGUGUAAAACAUACGUUCCAAUUGCAUUCUUAGCAGCUUGCUUUGGUAUGUUUUCCGCAGCGACUGAAGCUCUUGUUUCCAUAGUUGUUAUUGAUAUUGUUGGACUGGAACAUUUUGAUAAUGCCUUCGGUGUCAUCAUGCUCAUGGAGGGAUUAGCCAACUUAAUCGGACCACCCUUUGCAGGGUGGCUGUGCGACAUAUCGGGUGGUUACGACAUGACCUUCUACGCUGCUGGUUUUAGCAUAAGUGUAUCUGCAUGUAUAUAUCUGCUAUUACCACUGUUCAAAAAGAGAAAUAACGGUAAAGAAAAUAAAUGAAUGUUUAUUCUUCUACAUAACUUUAACCAUGAAACGAAUCAAAGGCUGUUGUUGUUUGUUUUGUUUUUUUCAAAUCACGCACUUUGUUAAA